UCUGCUCGGAAUGUAAUAUAGCAUGGUUAAAGACGUGAGAUUAAAAGCUAUUUUUCAGUAGGACAAUAUUGAAUACAUGUGUCGCUCAAUUGCAUUAACUCAUAACAUAAUCCCAUAAUUAGGGUCAUAUUUGCUCAUGGAUUAUAAUAUGGUUAUUGUUAAUAUGCCUGCUGUGUUUUCAGACGUUAUUUCAUGUUAACUUUUCCAUCUACGGCACUGGCAAGACUGCAGUUAAACUGAGGUGUGAGACCUCUUUUACUUACCUUCUCUAUCGUGUGAAAGACUAUGAGUAAAGAGUCCAGAAUGAGGGCAACAGUAAACCAGAAGCUGACGGAGAUGGGAGAACGAGAGAGACUGAAGGAGUUACUGAGGGCUAAGCUAACUGAAUGUGGAUGGAAGGACCAGAUGAAAGCUCACUGCAAAGAAGUAAUCAAAGAAAAGGGCUUGGAGCAUGUGACUGUGGAAGAUCUGGUGGUAGAGAUCACUCCUAAAGGACGAGCUUUGGUGCCCGACAGCGUCAAGAAAGAGCUUCUCCACAGGAUAAGAGCCUUCUUAGCUCAGCAUGCCACAUAAUUUAGAUUUGUAACAUUUCCUUGGACCAUAUGCCUAUUUUAUCAUAAUGCAGAAUAUUUUUAAUGGGUUUGAAUUACCUGAAUCUUAACGAUUUUGUUUUGUUAAAAAAUGUCAGAGGAUUGCUGACACACACUUGGCACACACUUGUUUGCUUGACUAAACAGUUAUCAGUUACAUAUUGUGUUAAUGCUCUACAUGUUUAGUUAUAUAAAAGACAUGCUGUAUAAAUAAAGUUUUUGAUUUUAUUAAACGUCAGUCAUUUUAAAUCUAAUAAUAGUAAUACAAAAUUGAAUACAGUUAUAUAAUCUUAAUAGCAUUUGAAUUCAAGCUUUUUACUGUUCAGACUUUAUUCUUAUUUAAAAUCUUUUUAGCAGUUAUUGUUUAAGCAUUAGCAUUUUAUUGUAUGUUUUAGUUGGUAUUGCAGAUUGUAUGCCACCCAUUAAAUAAAUGCUUUAAAUAUUAAGAGAUGUAAAUGCUACAGUCAAGGCUUAGUUUGUAUUAUUACACAGUUGCACAUCAUUUGAUAUUAUGUGAUUUUUUUUUUUUUCCCCCAGAUUAAUAGAACUUCUGCAUUUGUAUGUUGCAUAUUACUUUUAUACGUUUUUAGGGUUGUUGGUUUUUUUAUCUCACUGAUAUAUUGCUGGGUAGUUUAAGUAUUGCAUUAUACUGUGUAUGAUAAUCAAAAGUUUGUAGCUUUGUCGCUGUCCAGUGAAUAUUAAGUAGGAGAUUGUUAAACCAAUUCAUCUUUCAGUUUAUCAGAUAAACUCAAAACCAAUACAUGGUUUUCCACUGGACCGGAAGAAAAAUUAAAAACUAACCUGAAAUGUACUAGAGAAGAAAUACACAGUAAAGUAACCAAAAAUAAAAUUCCAGUAGUACAAGUACCUUGAA